GUCGAAUGUAUGUAGUUUACGAAGUUUGUACAACAGAAAGCCAUGGAACAAAACGAAGAACAGCCCAGGGUCGAAAGCCCAUGCACCCAAAAUGAAGAACCUGAAAUAGAAGAAAUAACACCAGAAGAACCAACACAACUAGAUGAAAAUGAAAGUUAUGUCGCAAUGGUCAACAGAUAUAUCAUGGGAAUACUCAACUCAACUUUUGCCAUCAGAAACAUACUGAUGUAUAGGUGUUGCAGAGAUACAGAAGAAGAGGUAAUAGAAGAAGUCAAAGACGAUGCAGAGGAUCCAGAUAGUAAAAUUGAAGCUGUAAGUAAAGAGGAAACUGCAGAUCCAGAGAAGCAAGAUGUUAACGUAGUUAAGCGUUCACAGGAAGAAAAUAAAAGACAGCUCAAUAUACCAUCCAUAGAUAUUGAGAAAAUAGGAACAAAUGAGGCAAUUGAGCAGAAUCAAGUAUUGAACGAAGUAAAAUUACCAAAAGGUGAAACGAGAACUGAAAGAGUUAUGCAAAUAUUCGUAGAAAACUCAAUCAUCAUGACAAAAGCAGCAAUGAAAGAAAAAAAGGUAAUAUUCGCAGAUAAAAUCUUGUGUAAUAUGCUGCAAAAAAUACACUUCAUCUACGGGGAUGAAGAAGAUAAAAGCACAUGGCACCCAUUGGUAAAUGUAAUGGAAAGGCUACCAAAAGAUACACCAAAUAGUAUCAAAGAAAUGAUAGAAACAGUAGCAAAAGAUGAAGCAUUCAUGACGAAUGCAGCAGAGAAAAUAUUCGUAAUUGACCUGUUUACGAAAUUUAACAUGACACUCAUGAAACAACAUAUACUCGACUACAAACAGCACGUAAUAGCCAAAUUAUGGGAAUCUUCAAUAGAAACCGCAGAAUAUGAAUCACGUCAAUCAAUACACACGGACGAUGGAAGCGGAAGGAAGAAACUCGACUCCAUAGAUAAACCCAGAGUGUCAUUCAGAGACGAAGUUGACGUAGCGGAAUCCAGCAAUGACUCACCAAGAGUAGUACGCCAAACCGAUAACGUCAGACUACCAAACACUGUCGAACUAAAUGAUAAAACACGUAGAGCAAGGACAUCAAGGUACCUAUCAUACGCAUCUAAAUUCAUGUACACCAAAAAGUAUACCAAGUUCGGACAACACUUUAGUAAAAAUAAAGUUAAAACCGCCGAUGGAUGGACUAAGGCGCUGUAUGGAUCUAUAGAAACAUUCUACAGAAGUGAGUCCGACGGAUCGAUAUCAGUCAAAGUUAGAGGAAAACUGCAUACAGACCUCAUCAGAGUUAUAUGCGUAAUCAACGAAACACAACUAUCAGCAGAAUGGAUACCGUUCCUUAAAGAAGCAUCCAACGUAUACGUAUACUCCAAAACAACAAAAGUAUUCAAACAAACAUAUGAAUACCCAGUCAUUGGCAUCAAGCAAACCUCGGUCUUUGGAAUCGCAAUCAACGCAUUGGACGAAUCAGGAUGCUUCAUACUAGGAUGUAGAGCACCACCAGAAACUAAAGAAGAUGUUGAUAACCUCACAAAUAUACUCAAAAAAGGUGGAAUAAAAGAUACGGAAUCAAUAGUGGCAUUCAGAAACAAUAAGUGCAUACUCAUGGGACAGGAAAUAGAACCUAUAGAACAAAAGUACAGACAAAAGUCAGCAGAACUGUGCUUCAUGCUAUACCCAAUGCAAAAUCACACGCUGGUAGAACUGAACGCCAAUAUUAUACCGGAAGUAAGACUAGUACCACAAAGAGUUAUCACAUACAUCAUCAAAAAGGUUAUCAUCACACUCUUCCAAAAAAUCGCACAAAUCAGUAAUAACUUCCAAGAAUCACCAUUCGCAAAACAAGUAGAACAAAAUCGCGAAUUCUACGCAUGGGUAGAAAGAUUAUACGCCAAAUACAUGGGCAAUGGAGAUCGACAGAAUUGCAACGUCAGCAUUAGCACAUACGAUGGUAAUGCCGGAGAAGAAUAAACACUAACUUAUACG